GCUACCUCCCUGCCCGCGACCUCCCGCCCUUGCAUUGUCUCCUCUGUGGUGUGUAGGACACACAAAGUAAUCUCGCGACCUCUUGCAAGCCUUGCGUGUCUCUGCGGCGCGGGCGCGUGACUGACUAUACCUGCCGAGGGUCGACGCGUUUCUGCCUGACCACUGCCUGACCCACCCAUUAGAGCUGCCGCACAAAGCCACGUCUCUUUCACGACCUUCUUCUGCUUACGACCACCACCACCAUGGACGCCGACCUCAUCAAGCUCGUGAACAAGCUACAGGACACCUUCGCCAACCUUGGCGGAGAGCUGGACAUGCCACAGCUCGCGGUUGUUGGCAGUCAGUCUGCGGGAAAGUCUAGUGUACUCGAAACCAUCGUUGGACGCGACUUCCUGCCUCGAGGACAAGGCAUUGUCACGCGAAGACCUCUCGUGCUGCAGCUCAUCCACACGCCAGUCUCAGAACCAGCUCCGGGUGUACCUGCGCCGACAUACACGGAAUGGGGCCAGUUCCUGCACGUCGACAAGCGCUUCACCGACUUCGACGAGAUUCGGCGGGAGAUCGAGCAGGAGACGUUUAGGGUGGCGGGCCAGAACAAGGGCAUCAGCAAGCUGCCGAUCAACCUGCGGAUAUACAGCCCAAACGUACUGGACCUCACGUUGGUGGACUUGCCGGGUCUGACGAAGCUUCCGGUGGGCGACCAACCAAGUGACAUCGAGAGGCAAAUCCGGAGCUUGGUGUUGGACUACAUAACGAAGCCCAACUGUAUUAUCCUCGCCGUUUCAGCUGCCAACGUUGACCUCGCCAACUCGGAGUCCCUCAAGCUCGCGCGCUCCGUCGACCCACAAGGACGGCGCACGAUUGGUGUGCUCACGAAGCUCGACCUCAUGGAUGCAGGCACCAACGCGCUCGACAUCCUCACGGGGCGCGUGUAUCCGCUCAAGCUGGGCUUCAUCGGUGUCGUGUGCCGCAGUCAGCAGGACAUCAACUCGGGCAAGCAACUAUCAGACGCGAUUGACACAGAGGCGGAGUUCUUCCGGUCGCAUGCUUCAUACAGAAAUAUAGCACACAAGAACGGCACGAAGUAUUUGGCGAAGACCCUCAACCAAGUGCUAUUGAAUCAUAUCCGCGACAAGCUUCCCGAUAUGAAGGCGCGGUUGAAUACGUUGAUGGGCCAGGCGCAACAAGAACUGAACUCGUUCGGAGAUGCGGCAGUGUAUGGCGACAAGAACCAGCAAGGCGCGCUUGUAUUGCGGCUCAUGACUCAAUUUGCACGAGACUUUGUCGCAUCGAUAGAGGGCACAAGCGUAGACAUCUCGACCAAGGAACUGUCAGGCGGUGCACGGAUUUACUACAUCUUCAACGACGUCUUCGGGUCCGCACUAAACUCGAUUGACUCGACGCACAAUCUCGACAACCAGGACAUCCGCACAGCUAUACGGAACUCGACCGGCCCGAGACCCAGUCUUUUUGUGCCCGAAAUUGCCUUCGAUCUUCUCGUCAAGCCGCAGAUCAAGCUACUGGAAGCACCGAGUCUCCGAUGUGUGGAACUCGUGUACGAAGAAUUGGUCAAGAUCUGUCAUAACUGCACCAGUGCGGAGCUACAACGCUUCCCCCGGCUACACGCGCAGCUGGUGGAAGUGGUGUCAGAACUACUACGGGAGCGUCUGGGUCCGACGACGGACUACACGCAGAGUUUGAUUGACAUCCAGACCGCCUAUAUCAACACGAACCAUCCAGCAUUCAUUGCGGGGUCCGCUAUGGCCGCGCAGGCGCCGGCAAUUGCGCCACCAAAACAGGAGCACCGUAGGCCUUCAUCUGCCCAGUCAGUCAAUGGAGCCACGUCUCCUGAUGAAGACGAGGACACAUCAGAAGAGGUUAACGGGCUGAACGGUGUGACGCCUCGGGAUGGGCGGUCCGUGUCUUCCACCGUCCAUGACCGUGCGCGGACAAUCGCGUCUGUGAACGACGCUGGUGCUUCCCCCCGUAGGACAGGCUCACCGAAACCCCACACGCACCACCAGCAUGGCACUGUGCGGCCGCACUCUGCCCAGCCCACAGCGGCCAAGGAGACGUUCCUCAACUAUUUCUUUGGGCAGAACGGCCCGGGUCCCAUCAGCGGAGCAACCGCAGAACGUCGUGCAUCCUCGGGUACGGGCGCCACCCCCAUCGGACGAGACGUCAGUGGGAGUGAUCCGGCCCUGCACUUAGGGCUCAUGGCAGGCAAGCGCAGCCUGGAGGGCAACAAUGCGGCAUUCGAUAUGAAGAGUCUGGGGAAGCACAUCGAGGCAGCGUCUGACAGGGGGCCUCAGCUUACCCCGCGCGAGGAAAUGGAGACGAACCUCAUUCGGUCCCUCAUUGCGUCCUACUUUAACAUCGUGACCCAGACGAUCCAGGACCUCGUUCCCAAGGCAAUCAUGCAUUUCUUGGUGAACAACACGUCACAACAGGUGCAGAACCGCCUAGUGGCAUCACUCUACAAGCCCGAGCUGUUCGGAGAACUGCUCAACGAAGACGAGACCCUCGUUGCGGAGCGCGCGAGGGUCAAGGCACUGUUGGAUGCGUACAAGGAUGCGUUCAAGACGCUGUCGGAAGUAACGCUGAAGUCGUCAUAGAGGAUUUGGUCUUCGUGUACCUAGUUAUGCACCCUAAUGUCCCAUCGCUUUUGGUUUGCUCUCGACAUCCAUACUGUGAUACCAUGUCGCUUGUGCACAUUGGAGACGGUUCUGCAUCAGCAUAACAAUCUAACUGCAUUGAACAUACUACGUUAA